GGGACGCAUUUUAUUACAAAAAUAAUAACCGGUGUCCAUUGCCUCAUGCAUAAGCUAUAGUUCAUGUUAUAACAAUCAGCUCGAUGCCGAAUACGCGUCUGACGUAGAACAAUACAGCCCAAUUUUUCUAUGGACCAACUGUAUUGUAUUUUUCGUGAUUCUAUUGUCAAAGCGCAAGCGAUAUCUAUAGAUCUAUUUCGUGAUUCAGAUGUCCUUCUCUGCAUUGUAUUUUCUCAUUCGCAUAAUGCAAGUCUGUAGUGUGUGUGCGCGUAUGUUAUUCAGUAAUAAAUGCAGAACCGCCUCACUCUAAUCAAGCUGAUUAAAAAUUCCUGCGCGCACAGCCGGAAAUCGCACCAUCCUCUCCGUUUUCUUUCCACUUUCUACUUUAUUUUCGGGUCUUCUUUACGCCAGGACUUCAGCCGUCACGGGAGCCUGUCUCCGGCGAUUCGAAAUGCGCUUUAAAAUCCGUUGGUUUGGGUGUUAUUUUCUAUAGAAAUGAGGAGAAAGAGGAGAGGCACAGACAGCGCCAGCGAGGGGAGUGAUGAGUCAAUACAACUAAUAAUUUAAUGGGGACACAGAGAGGGAAAGAGAGAAAGAAAGAGGAGCUCCGUCCGGGUACGAAUAAAACGAACAGAACACAUCAUAGAGCAGGGAGCUGUCAUGCAUUUAUAGCACGCCUAAUCCGUCUUCAAGACUGGAAACUAAAACGCACUUUUUUUACCUGUUUAUAUCUGGUAAUCAUAGCAUCGUCUUCACGUGAGAAGGCAAAUCAUUUUCGCUUCAUUUUUCUCCUGGACAGUAGUGGCUAAACUAACGCACCACUGGAGAUGUUUAUAGCUAGCUACAUAGCCACAGAAAAUAUAGGAUGGUUAUUGCUUGAAAGCAAAUGAUAGAUAUCAGCAAUUGUUUACUUCUAUUUCCGCUGUUGUUUCCUUGAUUUUCAUGGUGGAUUUAUCAGCAGUGUGAACUGUACAUAACUCGUCGCACUUGUAACCGAUUUCUAGCUACCCUAUCUGUUUAGCGACAGUAUUUGGCUACUUUUCUUAGCAUUAUUUCAGGUGUAUGUAGCUCUGGCUAGUUUGAAUAUGGCGAACAUUUAAUGAUAGCAAGCAGUAACGUCAAUUAGUGUUUUCAGCUCUAUAUUAGCUACACAUUUCGGUCGCCUCUGAAUUAAGCGCUUACACAUGCUAUCGAUUAUCGGAACAGUUCCCAUUUGUUCUUACUUUUAUGUUAUCGCUUUACUAUUUUGGGAAAUCGUCUUUUCGCCCUUCAGUGAAAGAACAAAUAUUCGUUCGGAAGGCUGUUGAUAUCUGUUGUCAUACAGACCUAGAAAGCAUCUAUCGGCGAAGUUCUCCUUCAUCUUAAAGAACUUGAAGAAGGCGUUAUUCAACCAGACGACUUUAUAUGGUUUCGAGUUUUGAAGUGCUGAGUUUCAGGUGACUGUGAGCUGUGGAGCUGAGGGCGAUGGAGCAUCUCAGCGAGUCGUGCCUGGGGAAGGAGAACUGUGAGUUGCCCAACAGCAUUGGAGAGCCCAAGGGGCCCCCCGCCAAGCUCGCGCGGCUCGAGCAGAAUGGGAGCCCCCUAGGAAGGGCCCGUCUGGGAAGCACAGGGGCCAAGUUGUCUGGGGUGACCCUCAAACCUUCAGGACACCUCUUGAAGACCUGCCACAAGAAAGGCAACAUGCUCCCAGUGUUCUGCGUGGUGGAGCACUAUGAAAGCCCCAUCGAGUUCGACAGCAAGGAGGAGCACGCCGAGUUUGUGCUGGUGAGAAAGGACAUGCUCUUCAACCAGCUCAUCGAGAUGGCUCUCCUCUCACUGGGCUACUCGCACAGCUCUGCCGCACAGGCCAAAGGUCUGAUUCAGGUGGGCAAGUGGAACCCCGUGCCCCUCUCUUACGUGACGGACGCCCCGGACGCCACGGUGGCGGACAUGCUGCAGGACGUGUACCAUGUGGUCACGCUGAAAAUCCAGCUGCACAGUUGUCCUAAACUGGAGGACUUGCCCCCAGAACAGUGGACCCACUCCACAGUAAGAAAUGCCCUCAAGGAGUUACUCAAAGACAUGAACCAGAGUUCUUUGGCAAAAGAAUGCCCCUUAUCACAGAGUAUGAUUUCCUCCAUUGUGAACAGCACUUACUAUGCAAAUGUCUCGGCGGCGAAGUGUCAGGAAUUUGGUCGCUGGUAUAAACAUUUCAAGAAGACAAAAGAUAUGAUGGUGAUGCGCCAGCCCUCCCAGCUGGAGGGGUACCUGGGGACCUGCGUCCUCCACGACAGCCCCCGCGCCACCGCGUUAGCGGAGAUGGACAGCCUGUCGGAUCUCUCCCCACCCGGGACCAAUCACAUGGGCUUCAGCCAGCAGCCCAUCCCGGGCAGCACCGCCGAGCAGCCCCCCUCGCCCGCGCCCAUGCCCCACGGGGGCCAGCCCUCCGGCCGGGCCCAGCUGCCCAGCCUGCACCCCGGCCUGGUGUCCACCCCCAUCAGCCCGCAGCUGGUCAACCAGCAGAUCGUCAUGGCUCAGAUCCUCAACCAGCAGUACGCCGUCAACCGGCUCCUGGCCCAGCAGUCCCUGAGCCAGCAGUACCUGAACCACCCGCCCGUCAACCGCGCCCUCAACAAGCCCAUGGAGCCGCAGGUGUCCUCCAACACAGAGGUCUCCAACGAGAUCUACCAGUGGGUGCGGGACGAGCUGAAGAGGGCCGGGAUCUCACAGGCCGUGUUCGCCCGAGUGGCAUUCAACAGGACACAGUGCAGAUGGAUUGAUAGUGCGUUUACUCUGCGGAAGGGCUUGCUCUCUGAGAUCCUGCGGAAAGAAGAGGACCCGAAGACAGCGUCCCAGUCCCUGCUGGUGAACCUGCGCGCCAUGCAGAACUUCCUGCAGCUGCCCGAAGCCGAACGCGACCGCAUCUAUCAGGACGAGCGAGAACGCAGCCUGACCGCAGCCUCGGCCAUGGGCCCCACGCCCCUCAUCAGCACCCCCCCUCCCCGCCCUGUGCAGCCCAGGAGAGACGAGUGUAAUAACGUGAGGCCUGAGGACUGGAACCCUAGAAUCCCAGUGGGCAUCUCUCCUGUGAAGCCCUCUCCAAUCCCCUCUGAAUGGAAUGGGAAGGUGGACAGUUGUGUGCUGAACAUCAAUGCCUCCAUCUAUGACGAGAUACAGCAGGAGAUGAAGCGUGCCAAGGUCUCUCAGGCACUCUUCGCAAAGGUGGCAGCCUCCAAGAGUCAGGGUUGGCUGUGUGAGCUGUUGCGCUGGAAGGAGGACCCUUCUCCAGAGAACCGCACCCUGUGGGAGAACCUGUCCAUGAUCCGCCGCUUCCUGAGCCUGGCCCAGACGGAGCGCGACGCCAUCUACGAGCAGGAGAGCAGCGGAGGCCCGCAGCACCACGCCGACCGCCCCCCUCAGCUCAUGCACGUGCCCUCCGACCCCAUGCAGGUGGGUGCGGACUGGAGACUGGCUAAGGCCCUGCCGCAUCAACAACCUCAGCACCAGCCCCUGAUGCCUCAGCAGCAUCCGUCCCAGCCCUCUCUUUCCCAGCAGCCCUUGCAGCAGCCGAUGCAGCAGCAGCAGGCGGGGCCGCGCCUGCCCCCUCGCCAGCCCUCCACAGCCUCGCCCGCCGAAUCAGAGGACGAGAGCCGGAGCAAAGGGCGGCCGGGGAACAAGAUCUCCCUGGAGGCCCUGGGCAUCCUGCAGAGCUUCAUCCAGGACGUGGGCCUGUACCCCGACGAGGAGGCCAUCCACACCCUGUCGGCCCAGCUGGACCUGCCCAAGCACACCAUCAUCAAGUUCUUCCAGAACCAGCGCAUCUACGUCAACCACCACGGCAAGCUGAAGGACCACGCGGCCUUCGAGGAGGACCUGGCCAGCUUCAAGGAGGGCGAGCUGCUGAAGGACCUGGACGAGAGCACGCAGACCAGCAGCACCAUCUUCUCCAUCAAGAUCGAGGAGCACCUGACCGGAGAGGUCCAGUCCGAGUCCGACCAUGACUCCAAAGAGUAGCCCUGGCGCUCACUCUCCCUUCUUGCAGUGCCACUGUAAUACUAUUUAAACAGACUUGUUUGUUUCUUUUGAUUUUGUAAAAAAAAAAAUUAAAAAUACACCCUGUAAUAUUCACUGUAAAGACUGAUGCAUCAUUUAAUAACUUGCACAAAAAAAUGUUACCAUGGAAAUUUGCUGACUGCACUUGAUGUCCAUUGUUUUUACACUGAUUUUGAGCUACUGAUAAAGUCAAUGGAGUUUGAUAGACUUUCAUAGGUGUUUACGUACGUGGUGUUCACUGGAUUUUAAAAUGCAUAAGUAGAAAAAAAGUCAACGACUAGGCCUUAAAGGUGAGGUACCAAGUCUGACGCCUGCUAGCAGAAUUGCUAUGAUUUUAGAGCAUAAACUUGAUUACGGACCACUCAAACUCUGGAACCUGAGGACGCAUGAGCACUGAGGAACGGCUCAAUCUUUACAAUAUUAUUUGUUAGGAAGAAAUAUAAAUAUAUAGAGAGACAUAUAUUAACUGUAAAAAGAUACAGUUUUAAAGAGAAACUAUGCCAACAAAUGCCUUGUACUAUAUGGCACUGCCGAUGUUCAAUUAUUUUGCAAAAACGUUGUCACUGUAAUUUCUGAAUCUCCACACAGUUUGAAAUGUGAAACACAACCUUUCUUUGUUUUUGUCAUCAUUCAUUAUUUAUUUGCAGAUCGUUUUGCAGCGUUCUGAUGUAAUUACUUUGUUUUUGUUGAUUUGAAAUUUUUUGUUAUGUAAUGCUUUUUAUUUUACUGAUAUUUUCUAUUUAUAAAUGUAAUUUUGAUGGGCAGUAAAAAAAAAACAAGUGUCUUAAACGUUUUAAAUGGAAAAUGUGCUUUAAAGGUUGCCUAUAAAAAGUGCUAUAUGUCAAGCAACUCAUGCUACAAGCUUCACGAUUAAUGUUGUAUGCAAUUUUUACUAUCAUGCAAAUAAGCUUAGGUAAAUUACUAACCUAUAGAACACCUUAGAGGAAAAAAAAACAUAUGCAAUUUAUGUGAAAAUUGAUGUUUGCAAUGUGUCUUCCUUUGGUUAACAAUCCAAUUUGAAGCUAUUCCUGUAUAAAUAUUCUGUAUAAAAAGUGUUUCUUUUUUAUGAGUUUAUUGCAAUGAGAACACCGGUUAUUUUGUUACAACUGACUGUUUUAUAAGUGUUUCUCGGUUUCUUUAUGCAGAAAUGGUCUAACUAGGAGUGGUUAUUGAUUGUUAAUGACACAAUUAAACUGUUUGUAUUGUA